AUGAGGUCCUCCUCGCUGCUCCCCGUCGCGCUCCUGGCCGCCGCGGCGUGCCUCGCGCUCGCAGGCGCCGAGCCCGCCGCGCCGCGCCGGUCGCUGGCCGUCGACCCCACCACCCCGACCCGCGCGCGCUCCGACUGGGACUGGUGCUGGGAGUCGCUGCUGACGCUGGGCCUGUGCAAGCACGACCUGCUGGCGUCCUUGUUCGCGGGGCGCCCCGCCCCGCGCGCGUGCUGCGUCGCGGCGGACGAGGCCGUCCACCACUGCGGGCCCUUCACCCGCGCCUUCAUCGUCGGCUCGCUCCUCCCGCACGGGCCGCUGGCGCAGUGCGCCCUCACGGAGGUCACGACCGGCUCCCCCGCGACGUGGCCCGACGCGCGGGUGCGGGCGCCCCCGCGUGCACCCUCGCUUCAAAGUGGCCCCAGAGUUUCGGGCGGUGCGCCCCCGCCGCCGGCGCCAGAGGCGGCGCGGACGAGGGCGCGCUCACCUCCACCGCGGGUGCCCACCGGAGCUUCCAGCGGAACGCCGGGGACGAAGCCGGAGAUGACCGCACGUCCCCCUCCACUGCCGGUCGCGCCGGCAAGAGUUCCCGGGGGGCCGGAAAAGAGCUUUCGCUUUCCACCACCAUUCCCAGCGGAGCACUCGGUUCAGUUGAUGGCCUCACCCGCAGCAGCGCCGGCGUCAGAGUUCACGCAGCUUGAAGCCGCGCGCCGGUCCCUCAUCGCGAUCUCCCAGUCGGUCCCGGAGGUCGGGGCGCCCGUUGCCAGGCCGCCGCACGGCGGCAUGGAGAGCGGGCACGGCGACGGCGCAGAGCAGAGGCACAGGGCGAAGCUCAUCUCCAUCUCCAACCAGUCGCCCGACGCGCGGCCUGCGCCGUGCCCUCCCAAGAACGCCGCCGUCUAG